AUGGCGGCACCGUCGCGACUCCUCAUCCGCGGGGGUCGCGUGGUCAACGACGACUGCUCGCGGGUGGCCGACGUGCUGGUGGAGGACGGCGUGGUGCGCGCGCUCGGGCGCGACCUGCUGUCCCCGGGGGACGCCCCGGCCGGGCUGCGGGUCCUGGACGCGGGGGGCAAGCUGGUGCUGCCCGGCGGCAUCGACACGCACACGCACAUGCAGUUCCCCUUCAUGGGCUCCAGGUCGGUCGACGACUUCCACCAGGGCACCAAGGCUGCUCUGGCCGGAGGCACCACCAUGAUCAUUGAUUUUGCCAUUCCACAAAAAGGUGGCUCCCUCAUUGAGGCCUUCGAGACCUGGCGAAGUUGGGCUGACCCCAAAGUCUGCUGUGACUACAGCCUGCACGUGGCAGUGACGUGGUGGAGUGACCAGGUUAAAGAAGAAAUGAAAGUCCUUGCUCGAGACAAAGGUGUCAACUCUUUCAAGAUGUUUAUGGCCUAUAAAGAUCUGUACAUGGUGAGGGACACAGAGCUGUAUGCUGCCUUCUCUCAGUGCAAGGAAAUUGGAGCAAUUGCUCAGGUGCAUGCAGAAAAUGGAGACUUAAUUGCAGAGGGAGCAAAGAAGAUGCUGGCGUUGGGAAUAACAGGCCCUGAAGGCCACGAGCUGUGCCGCCCAGAAGCAGUGGAGGCAGAGGCCACCCUGAGAGCUAUCACCAUAGCUGGCGCUGUGAACUGCCCGCUCUACAUCGUGCACGUGAUGAGUAAAUCCGCGGCCAGGGUGAUCGCAGACGCGAGGAGACAUGGGAAGGUGGUCUACGGCGAACCCAUAGCGGCAGGCCUUGGCACUGAUGGCACUCACUACUGGAAUAAGGAAUGGCACCACGCCGCCCACCAUGUCAUGGGUCCACCACUGCGACCAGACCCUUCAACACCUGACUUUCUCAUGAAUCUAUUGGCUAAUGAUGAUCUAACCACAACAGGGACUGACCACUGCACUUUCAACACCUGCCAGAAAGCUCUUGGGAAAGAUGACUUUACUAAGAUUCCCAAUGGGGUAAAUGGUGUUGAGGACCGCAUGUCAGUGAUCUGGGAAAAAGGAGUGCAUAGUGGUAAAAUGGAUGAAAACCGAUUUGUGGCAGUCACCAGCACAAAUGCAGCCAAAAUCUUUAAUCUUUAUCCAAGAAAAGGAAGAAUAGCUGUAGGAUCAGAUGCUGACAUUGUGAUUUGGGACCCAAAAGCCACAAGGACUAUCUCAGCAAAAACUCAUCACCAGGCUGUUAACUUCAACAUCUUUGAGGGCAUGGUCUGCCAUGGGGUGCCUCUUGUGACAAUUUCAAGAGGCAAAGUGGUGUACAAAGAUGGAGUUUUCAAUGUCAUGUCAGGAGACGGGAAAUUUAUUCCUCGUAAACCAUUUGCUGACUAUGUUUACAAACGAAUCAAGCAACGAGACCAGACCUGCGCACCUACCCCAGUGAAGCGUGAACCUUAUAAAGGAGAAAUCAUCACAUUGAAGUCCUCAGCUGGGACCAGGAUGCAAGCUUACUCCUGA